CUGUGUGUGUCUGUGUGAGUUUAGGUGGCGUCUUGGCUGUUGGACCCGGGUAGUGAGGAGAGAACUCUGACCAACAUGGUCACCUGCUACUGUCCCUCAGAACUACCGUUGCUGGAUGGACACACACACUCCCCUCGCCUACGAGCAGCCAUAGACAGCGUGCUAAUACACAGCACCAUGGGUCACCUCACUACCCUGCUGGAGAAAGAUGGACUCAUAGAUGUGUUCCGCAGUGUGGAGAUGCGUUCCCAGGUGUGCCUGGCGCUGCUAGAGCUGAAUGGGAUUGGCUUCAGCUGGGAGGAAUGUGACAGGCAGAAACACGUGAUGCAGGCCAAGCUGUCAGCUCUGGAGACACAGGCCUACAGCCUUGCUGGACACAACUUCUCUCUGACUAGCACCGAGGAUGUGGCACAGGUGUUGUUCCGUGAGCUGCACCUGCCUCCCAGCUGUGAUUUGAGUGGGGGGAGGGGUAAGAAGACCCUGGGGUACAGCAGGAGAGGAACAGGACGUGCCGGGUUGGGGAAACCGUUCAGUACCACCAAGGACAUCCUGGAGAAGCUCAGUUCCCUCCACCCGUUGCCGGGGGUGAUUCUGGAGUGGAGGAGGAUCACCAACGCCUUGACAACGGUGGUGUUUCCCCUGCAGAGAGAGAAACAACAUCACCCCCUGCUGGUUAUGGAUAGAAUACAUCCAGUCUCCCAGACACACACUGCUACAGGCAGAGUGAGCUUCACAGAGCCAAACAUCCAGAACGUUCCGAAGGACUUUGAGAUCCAGAUGGCCUCUGUGGUGGAGGAGAGCCCGCCCUCACAAGAUGGACGCCGGACUGGUCGGGGCCGUUCCAGGCUGAUCAGACUUCCAGCUCCUCCUCCUGAAGGGGCCGUGGCCUUCUCCGUCAGCAUGAGACACGCCUUUGUACCUUUCACAGGAGGGAUGGUAUUAGCAGCAGAUUAUUCCCAGUUGGAGCUCAGAGUGUUGGCUCACCUCUCUAAGGACAAACGUCUGCUACAGGUGUUGAAUGGAGGAGCUGAUGUGUUCCGCUGUAUCGCUGCUGAGUGGAAGAACAUUGACCUGGAGACUGUAGACGACACCCUGAGACAACAGGCUAAACAGGUACACAACAUUGACCUGGAGACUGUAGACGACACCCUGAGACAACAGGCUAAACAGGUACAUGUGUUCUACCUUGUGGGGACCUAACAUUGACCUGGAGACUGUAGACGACACCCUGAGACAACAGGCUAAACAGGAACAUGUGUUCUACCUUGUGGGGACCUAACAUUGACCUGGAGACUGUAGACGACACCCUGAGACAACAGGCUAAACAGGUACAUGUGUUUUACCUUGUGGGGACCUAACAUUGACCUGGAGACUGUAGACGACACCCUGAGACAACAGGCUAAACAGGUACAUGUGUUCUACCU